AUGUUGCCAUUAUAUUUGUUGACAUCAGCUAAGAAUCAACCUAUUUUAGUUGAAUUAAAGAAUGGGGAGAGUUUAAACGGACAAUUAGUUAAUUGCGACUCAUGGAUGAACUUAACUUUAAAGGACGUAAUUCAGUCAUCUUCAAAUGGAGAAACAUUUGUCAAAUUACCAGAAUGCUACAUUAGAGGUAACCAUAUUAAAUAUUUGAGAUUACCAGAAGAGAUUAUGGAUUAUGCCAAGGAACAAAAUAUUUUGAAUAUGGAACAAAGAAACAGAAAUCAAAGGAGAAGAACGGGGGGUGGAAACUACAAUAACAGGAGAAACUACAACAAUCAAAAUAAUAACAGAAAUGGUGGAUACAAUAACCGUCGUCAAAAUCAAAAUCAAAACCAAAAUCAAAACCAAAACCAAAAUCAAGGUCAUAGUUAUAGUAGUCAUGGUCAUGGACAAGGUCACGGACAAGGCCAAGGUAAUGGUGCUAACCAAAGCAAAUUUUAG